AUGGCAUUCCUCAGCGUCGAAGGCAAGACUGCAUUAAUCACCGGAGGAGGCUCUGGAAUUUGUCUCGACUUGACGAAGAAGAUUUUACAUCGUGGCGGCAAUGUCGUGAUCGCAGAUCUGCAAUUGACGCCUGAGGCGGAGAAGUUGGUUUCGGAAUGGAAGGAGCAGAGAGUGGUGUUUUUGAAAAGUGAUGUUACGGAUUGGAAGCAGUUGCAGGCGGCUUUUGAUUUGGCCAUGAGGCAGUUCAAGAGGUUGGAUAUUGUUGUUCCUGGGGCGGGGGUUUUUGAGCCGGAUUGGACGAAUUUCUGGGAGUUCAAUGCGGGGAAAGACACGAAUGAGACGUCGAGUUACAAGGUUUUUGAUAUUAAUCUUGCGCAUCCGGUUCGGGCGACGCAGCUUGCGAUUGAUUAUUUUCUGCGACAGAAGUUGGAGAGGGGAGCUGUUUGUUUGAUUGCGAGUAUUGCUGCACAAAUGACGGUUUUUCCUGUUCCGUUGUAUUGUGCGAGCAAGCAUGCUAUUGCUGCGUUCACGCGCAGUUUGGCUCUACUUGAACCGAUGAAGGGGAUUCGUGUUAAUGCUGUGGCUCCGGGCAUCGUCGAAACACCUCUCUGGCCCAAAGAUCGUCUCGAUUGGGUUGACGAUGAGAAAGACAAGUGGGUCACAAAACAUCAGGUCACCGAGGUCAUGCUGGAUCUAAUCACUCAUCCGGAAAAUGUCGGUGGUACCGUGCUGGAGGUUCUGGCUGAGAAAGUCAGGAAGGUGGAGGGUUUGAAUGAUCCGGGUCCUCAAGGGCCGGGCUGUACGUUGAACAAGAUCGGGGUGGCAUUUGAAGAUGUUCCUAAGAAAAUUGAGAAGAAUUUUGGGAAGUGAUGGGCCAACAAGGAAGGAGGCGGGUAAUGUGCUGGUUCGGGGAUGGGCUGAGGCGUUUGCUUGAGUGAAGGAGCGGGCUACCGAAUUGAUAGGAGAAGGCGCAAUGACAUCGAUGCAGUGAG